AUGGUUGCCUGGUGGUCCUUAUUUCUUUACGGUCUUCAGGUCGCGGCCCCUGCUUUGGCUGCAACACCUGCCGACUGGCGAUCGCAAUCCAUUUAUUUCCUUCUCACAGAUCGAUUUGCAAGGACGGAUGGGUCGACAACUGCGGCUUGUAACACUGAGGAUCGGAAAUACUGUGGUGGAACAUGGCAGGGCAUCAUCGAUAAGCUGGAUUAUAUCCAAGGAAUGGGCUUCACAGCCAUCUGGAUCACCCCCGUUACAGGCCAGCUGCCCCAGAACACCGCAUACGGAGACGCCUACCAUGGUUACUGGCAGCAGGAUAUAUACUCUUUGAACGAAAAUUACGGCACAGCAGAUGACUUGAAGGCUCUCUCUUCGGCCCUUCAUGAGAGGGGAAUGUAUCUGAUGGUCGAUGUGGUUGCUAACCAUAUGGGCUAUGAUGGAGCGGGAGCCUCAGUUGAUUACAGCGUGUUCAAGCCGUUCAAUUCCCAAGAAUACUUCCACCCAUUCUGUCUCAUUCAAAACUAUGAGGACCAGACCCAGGUUGAGGAUUGCUGGUUAGGAGAUAAUACUGUUUCUCUGCCCGAUCUCGAUACCACUAAAGAUGAGGUUAAGAAUGAGUGGUACGACUGGGUGGGAACAUUAGUAUCAAACUACUCCAUUGAUGGCCUCCGUAUCGACACCGUGAAGCACGUCCAGAAGGACUUCUGGCCGGGGUACAACAAAGCCGCAGGCGUGUACUGCAUCGGCGAAGUCCUUGACGGUGAUCCGGCGUACACAUGCCCCUACCAGGACGUCAUGGAUGGCGUACUGAAUUACCCAAUUUACUACCCACUCCUCAACGCCUUCAAAUCAACCUCCGGCAGCAUGAACGACCUCUACAACAUGAUCAACACCGUCAAAUCUGACUGUCCAGACUCAACACUCCUGGGCACAUUCGUCGAGAACCACGACAACCCACGGUUUGCUUCAUACACCAAUGACAUAGCCCUCGCCAAGAACGUCGCAGCAUUCAUCAUACUCAACGACGGAAUCCCCAUCAUCUACGCAGGCCAAGAACAGCAUUACGCGGGCGGAAACGACCCGGCAAACCGUGAGGCAACCUGGCUCUCAGGCUAUGCGACCGACAGCGAACUCUACAAGUUAAUCGCAUCCACAAACGCAAUCCGAAGCCAUGCUAUCAGCAAAGAUACAGGAUUCGUGACCUACAAGAACUGGCCCAUUUACAAGGAUGACACGACGAUCGCGAUGCGCAAGGGAACCGAUGGCUCACAGGUCGUAACUAUCUUAUCUAACAAGGGUGCUUCGGGUGAUUCGUACACUCUCUCUUUGGGUGACACGGGUUACACGGCCGGACAGAAAUUGACUGAGGUCAUUGGAUGUACGACGGUGACGGUGGGCUCGGAUGGAAAGGUGCCUGUUCCUAUGGCGGGUGGAUUGCCUAGGGUGUUGUAUCCGACUGAGAAGUUGGCAGAUAGCAAGAUCUGUAGUAGCUCGUGAAAGGUGGUGAUGAUACUGGUAUUUAGUCUGAUUUUUCGGACUAUGAGUUUGAUAUGUCUUGUCUGUCUGAUUAUAUACGAGGUUCUUUUAUUCUAUAGUUGGAAAAUGGG